CUUCAUUCUCAUAACCAAGGUCAAACUUAUCUUAUAAUUGAAUUUUUCAACAUACGCAAAGUAGUUGAACUUGAACUUCAAGUGAGGCAAGAUUCAAGAGAUAAUUAUGUGGCACUUUAUUUACAUCACAAUAAUUUCUUUUUUACAAAUAGCUUCAGGAUUAAACAACUUCGACGUCCCCGCUUUGUAUCAGAUUACCGAACCGCUAACUCAUGGAGAGUGUCCGUCAUGGGACAGCAGAAACAAUCUUCUUUACUUUGUUGACAUUCAGAAAGGACAAAUUUACAGCUAUAAUUACACAAACAAGGAAAUUACAUCCAUAAUAUUGGACGGAUUUGUUGCACCUGUCGUUCAGUCAAAAUCAGAUCCAAAUCUUCUUAUUGUUGGCCUCGAUCGGUCCAUUGUUGCAGUAAAAUGGGACAGAGAAAAUGGUAAUUAUACUAGUAAAACACUGGUUACGGUAGCCGAAGAUAAACCAGAUUCGACCAUGAAUGAUGGAAAGGCCGACAAAAGAGGAAGGAUUUGGUUUGGAACAAUGGAUUAUGAUGCUGAUACUAAAAAUCAUCCAGAUAAAGGGAGUCUUUUCAAAGUGACAAAAAACAGCGUUUCAACACCUCAAGCAGUAAUAACUCCCGUUAAUGUAAGUAAUGGAAUGGCCUGGAAUAAAGCAAACAACAAAUUUUAUUACAUCGAUUCGCCAACUCUCCAAAUAAUAGAGUAUGAUUAUGACGAUGUCAAGGGAGAAAUCUCAAAUCGGCGAGUAGCCUUCGAUUUGAAAGACUACAAUCUGACUGCAAGUCCAGACGGUAUGACCAUUGACGUGGAUGACAAUUUAUGGGUGGCGCUAUUUGGCGGAGGCUCCGUAAUCAAAGUAAAUCCACAAAAUGGUCAAUUAUUAAAUCGAUAUCCAAUCCCAGCCCAAUGUGUCACUUCCGUCAUGUGGGGAGGAACGGAUUUAGACAUCUUAUUCGUAACUACUUCAAAACUACGACUUACUGAAGAAGAGAUUAAGCAACAACCAGGCGCCGGCAGCGUUUUUGCUUUAACAAAUUUGGGCACUAAAGGAUUUCCUGUUUUCGAAGCAGACAUACUCGAUUCGAUUUAAAAUUUAAGUAUUGUUUAUUAUAAUUUAAAUAGGUACGAUACAAAAAUUAUACAGUCUUGGAUGAUCGUUAA